GAGAGCAGUUCAACCUGCCCCUGUAGGAACAGCACAAUGUGAGCUUCUUACAGCAAGCUGUCAACGGUGGAUUGCAUUUCGGUAUUGAUAUAUUUGGGUGAAGCAAAAAGAGAGCAGAGUGAUCACAAAAAUGCUGGUGUGAGGAGACGAGACGAGGACGUUAAUGUGGAGCUGAGAUGAAAUCUGGGAGUGCACAUGCCCAUUCUGCGUUUGCAUGUGCAGUUUGUGCAGAGGACACAAGUAACAGAGGCAGAGAAGAGGAUGUGUCAACACAGUAAAGGGAAACACAUUGUGAAGCAGAGGAAGUGAUGUCUGAGGUUGAAACUGUGCUCUGCUAGCUUCACACAUCUGCACGUCAUCGCUGGCUUGUACAAGCACACACAUACAGACCGAUACACACACACCGAGCCACCGUAGACCUUUGCUGAGGAUGUGCACUAGAUGAAGACAGACAGAGGACAUGGAGACAAAGAAUAUGAGGGAAUGAGUGGAGAAAAACAGAUUUAAAAAGGAAUACAGUGGAGGAUGCAGCCGUGGUCUCUAAGGGCACAGAGCUUGUGGUCGGCUGUGAACGGAGAGUCACAACGAGGCGUACCUGACUCAGAAUAAACCAGACUGGGAAUCCAAUUUCAGUCAGUCCACAUACAAUCAUAGUCAUUCUGCUGGAUGCAUCCUAUAACAUUAAUGAUGAGAGUAAUCCUGUAUGUUAGAACUUAAGAUGUUUACCGAGAGAUUGAAAUCAUCUCUGGAGCCUGUGCGGCUGUUAUUUUAUUCCAAGGCAGAAAGUUGCGCUCAACCCUUCUGAAUAUUUUAGUGAAUGAGGAACCUAUUGAACCGAGCUCUUCUGGCAGCACUGGAGAAUUUCAGUGUUCAUGGCUAGAACAGAAACAUUUAUGUUGGUCACUUGAGUUCCCCAAAAACUCCUUAUUCACACAGAUGCAGUACUUUGGUGGGGAGGUGUAACAAAAGGGGCAAGGGCAACUGAAAAGCGAGAGCUUCCCACAACUUCAAAUCAUGCAAUCAGACGAUCUUUUCAUCCGCAAGUUCCGCAGGCAGAGCCCACGCCCGACCCUAGCGAGAGUGAACUUUGACCCCCAGCAGGAUGGUGGUAGCGUGCGGACACGAGUUGUGGCAGAAUGGCCUCCUAGGAGAGAGGGAGAGGGAACAAACAGCGAGACUGUCACACCCAGCGCAGCUGCACUGAACCUGAGAACAGUAGGUCGUGGACACAUAAUGCAGCGCAGCAACAGUGAUGUCACCCUUGGAGAUUUGGAUUCAGUGGGGCAAGUCGGGAGGAAGUUGCUCCGAGUAGGGGUGGACAAAUCUGGGACUGUGGGGCCGGGCGAUUCCCUCCACCGAGAGUACGGAAGCCUGUCCUCGCUAGAAAGACAAACCCAGAUUGUAGAUCCCGGUUCGGAAGAUCAAGGUGUUCUCAGUCCCAGUGCCUUGCGCUUCAGAGAUCCGUUUGUUCUUCUUGGUCUGCAAGAGGCACCUCCUGAAGUGGACGGAGAGUAUCAAGGAAACUGUGCUCCAGCAGCAGACACGUCAAAACCGGUCAAGCCCCCCAAACCAGAGGGGCUCGGUAAGAAGGCCAAAUCGUCCCCUCUGCAGGCCCCUCAGUUUUCCUGUGACCAAGUCCCAGGUGGUGCUUGGGUGCGCAAUUUUGCACACUAUGAUGUACAGAGCAUUCUCUUCGACCUGUCGGAGGCUGCAACCAAUCGGGACAGCAUUGGACGCAAGAAGAACAUCACGUCCGGUGCGUCAGCUGCCUCUCAACUCCGUCCACUUUCACAAUCCACACCUUCCUCAGUUUCUCAGGGUGGAGGGGGCAGCUCAGGAAACGGGACUGGCUCGGAAGAUGUAGAGCAGUCCUUGCUGGAUGAAGGAGAUGGGAACGAUAAUGAUCUCCUGCUCAGCUGUCCUCACUUUCGGAAUGAGAUGGGUGGCGAGGAGAGCGUGGGGCUCAGCCUGCCGCGGGCCGGCAGGCACAGGUGGAGGAGUUUUCAAAGUCCCAACAAUGCUGUGUCCAUGUUAGAGGAGCCCAGGGAGAGCCAUGUCCAGGCACAGGGGAAAAGUAACUACUUCAUAGAGCAUGCAGACCUUGGGGCUCGAUACUAUCACAAGUACUUUUACAUGAAAGACAAUGUAUGCGUUACUGCAGUGGUUCUCAAACUAGGGGUGCGGAGAGUACAGAUCAGCAAUUUUGAUGACUCAUUCUGCACUUCAAAGUAUAAUCAGACUUCAGAUUUCUCAAAUGCCAGGCUGAAGACGCUGAGAGGUUCGAUCCUGGAGGAGUCGGUUCCCUCCGCAGCGCGCCACACCACGCCACGCGGCCUUUCGCCCAAGAGACUGCUGGAGUUUAUUUUGCCCGAUCUCAACCUACAUUGCCUCAGACUAGCCUCCACGUCCCCUAAAGUCAGAGACACGCUCCUCAAACUGGACGAGCAGGGGUUGAAUUUCCAGCAUAAGGUGGGCAUUAUGUACUGCAGAGCAGGACAGAGUACUGAAGAGGACAUGUAUAACAAUGAGAGCGCCGGGCCAGAGUUCGAUGAGUUUCUGGACCUUCUUGGAGAGCGAGUACGACUCAAGGGCUGGGAGAAAUACAGAGCUCAACUAGACACCAAAACUGACUCCACUGGUACACACUCACUCUAUACUCGCUAUCAGGAUUACGAGAUUAUGUUCCAUGUCUCCACCAUGCUUCCAUACACAGCCAACAAUACACAACAGUUGCUGAGGAAGAGACACAUAGGGAAUGAUAUCAUCACUAUAGUCUUCCAGGAGCCAGGUGCUUUACCCUUCACCCCCAAAGCCAUCCGUUCUCACUUUCAGCAUGUGUUCAUCAUUGUCCAAGUACACGAGCCCUGCACCGAAAACACCUAUUACAGAGUUGCAGUAACUCGUUCCAAGGACAUCCCUCUCUUCGGUCCUCUUUUCCCUAAAGGUGCACGCUUCCCACGUUCUCCUGCCUUCCGUGACUUUCUCCUCGCCAAAGCCAUUAACGCAGAGAACGCGGCAGAGAAAUCAGAGAAAUUUCGCUCUAUGGCCACACGUACGCGGCAGGAGUACCUGAAAGACCUGGCGGAAAACUACGUCACCACAACGCCCAUUGAUUCUUCCACCAAAUUCCCCCUGCUGUCACUAGGCGGGAAGCGCAAAGAGAAGCUGAAGGGAGCUAAAGGUGCAGAGCUUCACAGCGCAGGUGCUUUAGUGUGGGCCGUCACCGUCGUUCAGGGUGGCGAGAACAACGGUCUGAGCCUGUCCUGUCUGCUCGGCGUAUCGGCGGAGUCGGUCGUGCUCAUAGAGCGAUUCACUCGAACCGUCAUAUUCAACUGCAGCUGCCGCGAUGUGAUCGGCUGGAAGGCUGUGACUGAGCCUGGAGCUCUGGGUGGCCCUUCCCUGGAUAUCUUCUACGAGAGAGGCGAGGCGGUGACUGUCACAACGUCGGAAAACCAAGUUGAGGAUAUUAAAGAGGUUGUCCAAAGGCUGGAGGCCAAAUCUCAAACUUUGUUUGUUGUUCUUCACGUUCUUUUCCCGUUGUUCUUGUGCUUGUCUGAGUUCAGAAGUUUCUCUGAGCUCUACCAGAAGGCCAUCCAGGACGCGGAGAGCAAAUCCGGAGAGGGACGGUCAGGCGAGGCAUGGGUUCUGGAUGACGAUGAAGAAGUUGAGGUUGAUGGCGGCGGAGGAGAGAAAGAGGAGAAGAAAGAGAUUGAAAAUAAGACGUCAGACAGUGAAACUCUAAAGCAGGAGCUUCUUGGAGAGCAGAUGGGAUUUCCGGAGCCCAUGGAAACAGAUUCGCUCCUCUCUCCGCCCAGCCUGGCUCUCAUACGGGCGACUUCCCUGCAGGACAGCAUGAAGAGCCAGAGCCCUGAAGUCACCCCCGUCUCUCUCACACGGAGCUACUCGCUAGAAGGAUACGCUCCGUAUCAGGACAUCAUUGAAGGGCAUGUAUAUGAUAACGUGGGGCUGAAAGCAAACAGGCACAUCUAUGAAAACCCUGGAGAGCUUUGGGACGAGACCCCUGACCUCAUCCUGGCAGUCAAACCCAAAGUGCCUCCGGAGCAAGAGGAACAGUUUGUGUGUGAUCAGGGGCCUGAAGAGAGGCCGUCGGUCAGUGAUGUGACCUUGAGAUCCUCCUGCAUGGAAAGUGCAGAAAGAAACUCCAGAGCUCUGAGCCUCCAUAACUCCAUCACUAAGAUUCUCUCAGAGACAGCAGAUUCGUCUGAAGAAGAGUGGCAGUCGAUUUCUGAUCUGGCCAACGCCUGCCGGAACAUUCUGGAAGCUUUGUCUCGAGAAGACCGGAAGUCAGGAGAUGAAUCACAAGCAUCCCCAGAAAACCAGUCAGGUCAGACAGAAACCAGGUUUAAAGACAUCAAGGACAGUGACUCGCCUGGUCACCUCGAGGAGAAAGUGUCCCAGUUAGAGGCCAUGCUGAAGCGACUGCAGGACGACCUCCAAAAGGAGAAAGAAGACAAGGCAAUGCUGCAAGCAGAGGUGCAAAAUCUCAGGCAGAACAACCAGCGGUUGCAGGAGGAGUCCCAGAGCACCGUGGCACGGCUCAUUAAAGUCACCGAACUGCUCUGCAACGUCAACAAACCAUGUUAGCAUCGAAGGCCAAACCAUGGCAGCGAGAAAGAUCAGAAGACGCACGAAAAGGCCAAUGAAAAUGUUAGCAAAUCCCUAAAAAUGUCCCUUAAGUGACAAGAACAUUGACAAGCCUUACUAGAAAAGUGCACGCAAACAAACUGGUCGGCUUAAGUACGUUCUUACUCAAAUGAAUCUUACUAUUAUUAACAUCUCCGUUGCACCCUAAAAGGUUUUCAGGGCUAGAUUUACAUAGUGCCAUCACUGUGACAGCGUGUUAACAACGAUAGCCUGUGGUGCAAGAUCCGAUCUGGUCGGAAACUCUUAAUCAUUGGCUAAUGUUGUUCAAAAACAUCGGAAUGUCCAAAAGUCAUCAUUUGCAACCUGCAGACUCGACUUUAGAAAACAUUUAGUGACAAUAAAUGUUCAAAAUCAUAUUAUCUUUAAGUAUUUUUCAUCCGAUUCCUACAUAGUGAACCGGAUGGUCACAAGCAAAUGAUCGUGUCCAGAUACCGAGCAAUACAUUCUAAUUAGAGACCUUAUUUGUGUUGAAAUAGGUGGCUUCAGUGUAUAUACUAGAGGAAAAUUAUUAACAUGUCAGUGUAAUUGUAACCCUCUAUUAAACAUCACAGUAUCAGAAAUGGGCAGAGCACGUUCAAACCUUUUUCUCUGCUGGCAGUGGGUUAAAGGCUUCUUGCUCAUCUCUAGAGUGACAACACCAAGAGCGAAAAUCAUCAAAUGUGUGCAUUUUGGUAAACUUGUUUUUGACUGCCCUUGUGAAAAAGAAGUGCGCUUGAUUGUAUUGAAUGUGCACUUGUAGCACUUUCAUGACGAUAUUUCUUAAUACACUUAAGUACACUUUUAAAAAGUUAUAAGUGCAUUCUAAAUCAGUUAAAAUCAUUUUUGUCGUACUUUAAAGAAGUCCACUUAUUUUGAUGUGUUUAUUCAUAUACUAAAGCACAUGCAAAGCA